CAUUUAAAAAUUAUAAUACUUAAUUACAAGAACAUAUGAGACAUGUGACUCCAUGAUUCGUUGUUACUCUCCUCACUGUCUCAUAACAGAGGAGUUGUUGCUGUUGCGUGUGUAACCCGAUUUGGUGGUUACUUCCAUCCCAUCUUCCACCACCACCGUCACCAUGCCAAUCACCAACCUCCACACUCCACUCCGUUCAACCCCAUCCUCCUCCUCUUCAUCCCACUCUUUCAACUCAAAGAUCCUCCUCCUCCUCACCCUCCUCCCCGUUUCCUUAGCUACCAUAGCAUUCAUCCUUCAAUGGCGUGGCGGCAUCACCGAUCCAUCGACCCUUUUGUCCCCUCACGGCUCCCAUAAUUUUCCCGGCAUGGAAUCUUCCCUUCUUUCCCCUCUCCCUCAUUCAACCUCCCGUUCUUCUGAUUGUCUUAACCUUGGUCGCUCUUCUUCACCUUCUUUCCCUUAUUACCAUAACUGGAAACUUGACUUUGGUGAUUCUCUUACCCCAAAGAUCUGUGUUACGACUAGUACAUCAGCAGGGCUUGAGCAGAUUCUUCCGUGGAUGUUUUAUCAUAAAGUCAUCGGAGUUACUAACUUUUUUCUCUUUGUGGAGGGGAAGGCUGCUUCUCCUGAAGUAUCAAAGGUCUUGGAAUCAAUUCCUGGUGUAAAGGUUAUAUAUAGAACAAAGCAGCUGGAAGAACAUCAAGCUAUGAGCCGUAUUUGGAAUGAGACAUGGCUGGCAAGUUUCUUUUAUAAGCCAUGCAAUUAUGAACUUUUUGUAAAGCAAUCCCUCAACAUGGAGAUCGCUAUUGUUAUGGCAAGGGAUGCUGGUAUGGACUGGAUUCUUCAUCUUGAUACAGACGAAUUAAUACACCCGGCUGGUGCUCGUGAGUAUUCUUUAAGGCAACUGCUUCUUGAUGUUCCGGGAAAUGUUGAUAUGGUCAUAUUUCCAAAUUAUGAAAGCAGUGUUGAGAAAGACGAUGUCAAAGAACCCUUUAGUGAGGUAACGAUGUUCAAGAAGAAUUACGACCAUCUUCCAAAGGACACAUACUUCGGCACAUACAAAGAUUCUGUGCGCGGAAAUCCAAACUAUUUCUUGACUUACGGAAACGGAAAAUCAGUUGCACGUGUACAAGAUCACCUUCGGCCUAACGGUGCACACAGAUGGCACAAUUAUAUGAAAACCCCAAAUGAAAUCAAAUUGGAAGAAGCUGCUGUUUUACAUUACACAUAUGCUAAAUUCUCCGAUUUAACUUCUAGACGUGAUCGUUGCGGUUGCAAACCUACAAAAGAAGAUGUCAAAAGAUGCUUCAUGUUGGAAUUUGACAGAUCUGCAUUCAUCAUUGCUUCAACAGCAACUGAAGAAGAAAUGUUGAAGUGGUAUAAUGAGCAUGUUGUGUGGGGUGAUAAAGAACUGAAGAUCAAACUGUUGAGGAAAGGAAUAUUAACCCGCAUAUACGCUCCUAUGGUCAUAAUACAGAGUUUGAGGGAAUCCGGAGUAUUCAGUUCCGUUAUUGCAUCGGCGCCAAUACUUUCCAAAGACAAGUUCUUGCAUUCAAUUGACAGUAGCAAUUCAACAAGAGCUGUUGCCUCUAUAUCCCACCCAUCAAGAAAGGUUGGAAGAAUCAAAGAAUCUCAAGCAACUGCAAGGAGGAUUCUGGAUCUUGAAUCUUCUGUAUUUCAAGAAUCGGCCGUACCGCCGGAGUCUCCUCCAGGAGCAGUAGAAGAUAGUCAUCUCACUUCAUAUUCAUGAUCAAUUUCAGGACCAUCCUUUCUUCUCCUUCCAUACUCCAUAGGUUGAUAUGUUAUAUCUUGUUUUUGUCAUUUUUUUGUAUAGAGUGCUUGCUACCAUUGAAUUCUAUUUUGUGCUUCUUUUUUUUCCACAAUAUUUGUUGAUAGGAUAAUAGUAUUUUCUAUCACAUGUUAUUGAUUAUAUAUUAUGACACUUGUACUAAUGUAUGAAACUAUUAAACAACUUUGAUAGUCUUAAAUAAAUUUUUUAUAAGAACCUAA